AUGUUUGGCCCAUUCCGCGCUACGAACCCGCUGUCGGGAGGCCUUUUGUGGAAGAUCCCAUGGCGACUGUCGAAAUUCCAGAAGAGGCGGCACAGGCUGCGGCUGCGGGCCGUGGACAGCGUCGUGGCCACGCUGGACGCAGCGCUGGCGAAGAAAGGCCAGACGCUCGAGGCCAUUGAGCGGUGGAAGGCCGAGAUGCCGGUGGAGGAGGAGAUGCUGCCGAGGGACAAGUACACCAUGUUUGACCGGAAGGAGAAGAAGUACCGCAAGGGCAUUCACAAAUUGCCAAAGUGGACGAGAGUUUCGCAGAGAGUCAACCCUCCUGGAUACUAA